CAAAACAACUUGUGUGAGGUGUGAGCAAGAUUCCAUUCCCUCUUUAGUUUUGAAAUGCACAAGUACAUUUGUUUUUGAACCUGCACUGCACAUUCCACAACAAGGAUUUCAUCUUCCACACUCCCCUUUUCCCUGUUCAUUGGAAAACAACCUCAUCACUCAACUUUUGGGGUCUGAUCUGAGAUGGGGUCUUGCUGUGCUGAAAGUGCAGAUAACAUGCAAGUGACAAUGGCUCCUGAAAAGGACCACAUAUCGAGCUGCAAGAAAGUGGAAUCAGAUGAGGCUCUCAACACUGUGGGGUGCCUCAGAGGGAGAUUACUGAAAGAGAGACAGGCUUCAAGGGAAGCCAAGAUGGAAGUAGAAUCAAUGGGAAACAAGUUGGUUGAGUUGGAAAAAUUGCUUAGAGAAGAGACCAAAUUAAGAGAUAAAGCUGAAAGAAGGCUUAAAUUUUUGAAGAAAAAGCUUGAAUCUUUCAACAUGCCCUCCAAGUCAGGGCAAUUGGAGCAUUCUGAUUCGUCAGAGAAAUGUGAAAAUUCUUGCGAACAUUCCGAAGCAAAUGAAAUAAAGCAUGAUGCGAAAAUUCUAGCUUUGCCUGAAAAUGUAGAUCACAGUGAUAAUGUUUCAGAAGCCUCUACCAUCAUUCAGACCCAUAAUAGUCCUUCCAGUACAAAAGAUUGUGAUUCUCAGAAUGCUGAUAAUUUCAGUAGCAGUAAUUCAGACAUGUGUUGUACUUCCCAACAAAUUCUGAACCAGAAUCUGAAUCCGAGCUCUCUGAAUUUGAAGAAUGAUGAAAGCAGUUUCAGGCUUUCCAGCUCAAGCCCAAGAUCAUCAGUGACAGAGAAUGAGAGUGAUCAUGCAGAUUUCUGUGAUAAUUCUCUGGCAUUAGUUCCUGUGACCGUGACAUCUGCAUCACAUGCCACCAGUAAUCCCAAACCAAUUAACGUGAGUGUCCUUGAGGCUCUAGAAGCAUUGAGGCACGCCAGAGAAAGGCUUCAAAGUUCAAUGAGAACAAGACAAAUGAUUCAUGUUGGCCCAAUUUAAGCUCCAACACUGAGAUAGUAAUAAUGCUAAAUUAUUGCUAUGUUUAUUAUGUAUUAUAGACAGUGAGAUUAUUAUUAUUUAGCAUGCAAAUAUGCGGGAAUAUCAUAAACGUUAAUUGAGGUCCUAAAAUUAAUAAGAUUGGUAGCAGAGUGGUAAAAUUCUUGUGAAUUGUGGUUUCAGUCACCACAGAAAGCAUGUGACGUGGGGAUGUGCUGUCAUCUCCUUUGGGGUCCAACUCUUCUGUCCAUAUUCUUUUCUUGUGCUUUUUUAUUUUUUUCAUAUGCUUUUGGUGACUUUUAAUGUGGUCACCCCUUGAUUCCUGUGACUUGCAUCGACAUUAUUAUACUUGGGCUUAAUGGCUUAUGGCUUAUGGCUUAUGAGAAGGACAAGGCUUAUCCUCAACCAAGAGUACCACUGUAAUGUAACUCGGCAAUUUUGUCAUCUGUUACUAUUUUCUCAUAUAUAUCAGCUAAUUUCAGAAAUGAAACAUC